CAGGUCCUGCCUAUUGGCCAACUCAGAGGAGGAAGUGAAAAGCAGCAGCUGGCAGGCUGGAGAGAGAAAGUGCCCUGCAGAGAAGACCUUUGGCAUUUAUUUUGCUAGUUUACGGGGAGGUUGAGAAGCCAUGGCUUAUCAGAGUUUCCUGCUGGAGCCAAUCAGCUGUCAUGCCUGGAACAAGGACAGAACCCAACUUGCCAUCUGUCCCAACAACCACGAAGUUCACAUCUACAAGAAAGACGGGACAAAGUGGAGCAAAGUCCAUGAGCUGAAGGAGCACAAUGGGCAGGUGACAGGCAUUGACUGGGCCCCCGACAGCAACCGCAUCGUGACCUGUGGGACAGACCGCAACGCUUACGUGUGGACCCUGAAGGGCAACGUGUGGAAGCCGACGCUGGUCAUUCUGCGGAUCAACCGCGCUGCUCGCUGCGUGAAGUGGUCUCCCAAAGAGAACAAGUUUGCAGUUGGCAGCGGCUCAAGGCUCAUCUCCAUCUGCUACUUUGAGCAAGAGAAUGACUGGUGGGUUUGUAAACAUAUCAAGAAGCCCAUUCGAUCGACAAUCCUUAGCCUUGACUGGCACCCUAACAACGUUCUCUUGGCGGCUGGAUCCUGCGAUUUCAAAUGCAGGAUUUUCUCUGCUUACAUCAAAGAGGUUGAGGAGCGGCCCUCGCCAACUCCGUGGGGAUCCAAGAUGCCGUUUGGAGAACUCAUGUUUGAGUCUGGCAGCAGCUGCGGCUGGGUCCACAGCAUCUGCUUCUCUGGGAGUGGCAGCCGCGUGGCAUGGGUGAGCCACGACAGCACCAUCUGCCUUGCGGAUGCCAACAAGAAGAUGGCUGUGGCCUGCCUGUCCACGGAAACUCUGCCUCUCCUGGCCGUGACAUUCAUCACUGAGAACAGCCUGGUGGCCGCGGGCCACGACUGCUGUCCGAUGCUGUUCACCUAUGACGAGCAGCAGGGCACGCUGAGUUUCGGGGGGAAGCUGGACAUCCCCAAGCAGGGUGCCCAGCGUGGGCUCACGGCUCGCGAGCGCUUCCAGAACCUGGAUAAGAAAGCCAGCUCUGAUACCACCACCAACGCCACUCUGGACACCCUCCACAAGAACAGCAUCAGCCAAAUAUCUGUGAUUGCUGGUGGGAAAGGCAGCUGCUCCAAGUUCUGCACCACAGGAAUGGACGGAGGAAUGAGCCUAUGGGACAUCAAGAGCUUGGAGUCUGCUAUGAAGGGCCUGCGGAUCAAGUAGAAAAGGACUGAAGAAUUAUUCAUCUCAGCAGCGCUUCCGUCUCACUGGAGUCUGGGGUGGGCAGGGCAGAAGACCCCCGACUACCAGCUUUUGCUUCCUUUCCCGAUGCAACCUGCUUCAUUCCUGCAAUCCCGCAUACCUAAGAUAACAAUCCCACCAGCUACAAGUUGGGCAGAUUUUGUGUGUCGCCAGUGGAAAACAGGUUGAUAACUGUUAAGUGUUCAAUAAAGAGAUGCUGGUCACAGUUAGCAUAGCAAAACUUCCAUCUCCCCCUCUCCUACCACCAGGAGAGACCAUCAGCACAACCCUAACCACGUCCACUCAAAAGUAAAUCCUAUUGAAUGGUUAUUUUCUCUUUAGCAAUGAUUUCCACCCGUUUUCUGGGGACAGACAUUAAACUAACCAGCCUGUAAUUUCCA